AUGUGGAACAUAGUUGGGGUUCCAAUGGUGGUAUCAAAGUGGUCGCCAAGGUCAGAGGAAGAAAAACAGGAGGAGGAGGCAACUCCAAUGUGGGUACAUCUUCGCGGUGUCCCGUUGCACAUGUACUCCUGGGAAGGGCUUGGCUUUAUCACAAGCGCUGUUGGAUUCCCGGCAAAACUACAUCCAGAGACAGUCGCGUGUACUAAUUUUGAAGUUGCAAAAGUGUUUGCAAAGGUGGAUGUCUCCAAACCUUUACCUAAAGAGAUCAAAUUCAAGAGGAAUGGAAAGGAGUUCGUAGUGGGGUUUCACUUUCCUUGGCUCCCAACUAAGUGUAGAAUCUGUGACAAAUGGGGUCACGCGGAAGAAGUAUGUAGCUCGAAAGGAAAAGAAACAGAGGGAAGGGAUGAAAUAAGGUCUGUAGCAGAGGAUGUAAGGGAUGUGUCUCUGGAAAUUUUGGAGUCUGGAAAAGCACAUCAAGAAGCAGUAGUGACAGGAAGUAAACGAGAGGACGAGGAAACACAUCAGGCAGUUGCUGUGGUAGAGAAGAGUUUGGAGAUAGAGAUGAUACAUAAGGAGCCGGAAAAGCCUAGGGAUGAGGUCAUUGAGGUAAAUGGAGAAAUACAAAAGGAGGGGACAAAUCUAAUGGAGAGGUCAACAAGUGACAACUGGUACAGCGUCUCUCCUACUAAGGUCGGAAGAUCUCCGGUAAAUCCCUUUGUCACUCAAAGGGAGGACAGUCAUAUCUCGGCUUCUAAGUUUUCUGUUCUCAGUGUGGGGGAUGAGGAGGAAGGAGAAAUCCUGCAAGACAGGGAGUUGGUUGAGUGUGAUGCUACUGACAUGGGUAAUGAUGAGGCAGGGCAGCUUGAGGAAGACUUCAUUAAUCAGCAGUGUGCAAAUCGAAAGUUGAAAGGGAAGAAAGCUAAGUCUCAGGAUGCAAAUCCGAGGGCAAUGAGCACAAGGUCUUCUCGUCGUCAUCAUUAA